AGUCUUCAGCGGCAAAGAGGGCAAACAAAACUCUCUCACAGUCUUUUUCUCUGAACAUCAAUGCUAGCUACAACAAUGACAAACACAGAAGAAUCUGCCCCUGCUCCAUCAGAAGAAUCAGAAACCCUAAAAUUCAAAUGGGGGAAAAUGCGAGGAAAAGGCGGCAAAAAGAAAGACACACAAUUUUAUGAAUCAUUCACAUUAGAUGGUGUUGAUUAUGAGCUAUUUGAUACUGUUUAUGUUCAGAAUGGUUUUGCUGAACCUUCUAUUGGUAAAAUUAUUAAGAUAUGGGAAACUCCUACUGUUGAGAAGUUAAGGAAAAUUAAGGUUCAGUGGUUUUUUCGGCCAUGUCAGAUUUCGAGGUUUUUGAACGGGGUUAAGAUUUAUUAUAAUGAAUUGUUCUUUGCUUGUGGUGAUGGACCUGAAGUUGCUAGUAUUAAUUCUCUGGAAUCUAUUGCUGGGAAAUGCAAUGUUGUUUGCAUUUCUAAGGACCCCAGGAAUCCCCGACUAUCAGAUGAAACAGUUUGGAGGGCUGAAUUUGUGUUCCAUCGCUACUUUGAUGUUGGGAAGCAUAAAAUAUUGGAGGAGGUAGAUGACAAGAUUGUUGGAAUUGGAGUUAAGAACUUAUUUAACAAAAUGGCAUAGCCAAAAGCUUGCUGCUGCUGCUGCUGCUGUAAAACAUUAUUUAUACAAGGAAUUGGUGGGGGCGUUAAGAAGUAGUAGUGAAGUUGCUUUUCUGAGUAAUAAAAAUACUCAGUCUGUGUAGCUGGCAAAUAUGUUGAUAUAUUAGUUACAGAAAGGGGAUGUUAAAUGUAGUUUUAUGGCCUGAUGUGUUUUGUACUAAGUUAACUUGCUAUCAUCGUUAUUAUUAAGUAGAGAUUGAGUAGUUUGGUAACUUAAAAAUAGCCAUUUGAACCAACUCAUAACUUCCUAUAUAUAUGUUGGAUUUGAGGGUUUAUCUUUGAUUUAACUAAUGUGGUCAAUCAUUGUGCUGUUA